AUGCCAACCCCCGAGUCCGCUGCCUUCCUGGCAAAGAAGCCAACCGUCCCUCCAACAUACGAUGGCGUCGACUUCGAAGACACCGUCGCCCUACACAAUGCCCGUGACGCUAUAAUUCGCGAACAAUGGGUUCGCAGCAUGAUGUCCAGACUUGUCGGCGAUGAAUUGGGCAAAUGCUACCGAAGAGAGGGCGUGAACCACCUGGAGAAGUGCGGAAAGCUCAGAGGGGAGAGGAAGGUCAAGGGAUACUUGUUCCAGGAGAAGAACUACUUCGAGAAGCAGCAGUGA